AUGAGUGACCCUGAGAGAAUCCAACUUCACCAGAAACCGGGUAAUGAGUCUUGUCCUCAACCGCAAACGUCCGAGCACCUGGCCGCCAUCGAAAUCAUGAAGCUGAAACACAUUCUGAUCCUGCAAAAUAAAAUCGAUCUGGUGAAGGAAAGUCAGGCUAAGGAGCAGUACGAGCAGAUCCUGGCGUUUGUACAAGGUACGGUAGCGGAAGGAGCUCCUAUUAUUCCAAUUUCUGCUCAAUUAAAAUACAACAUUGAAGUCGUGUGUGAGUAUAUAGUAAAGAAAAUUCCGGUGCCUCUCAGAGACUUCACCUCAGAACCCCGACUUAUCGUCAUCCGGUCUUUUGAUGUGAACAAACCUGGCUGUGAAGUUGAUGACCUCAAAGGGGGUGUCGCUGGCGGUAGCAUUUUAAAAGGAGUAUUAAAGGUGGGCCAGGAGGUAGAAGUGAGACCGGGAAUCGUUUCCAAGGACACAAAAGGGAACCUCAUGUGUAAACCGAUCUUCUCCAAGAUUGUGUCACUGUUCGCGGAACACAAUGAUCUUCAGUAUGCAGCUCCGGGCGGUCUCAUCGUUGGAACAAAAAUCGACCCGACCUUGUGCCGCGCAGACCGCAUGGUGGGGCAGGUCCUCGGUGCUGUUGGUGCUCUACCUGAAAUAUUCACAGAAUUAGAAAUUUCCUACUUCCUGCUGAGACGGCUCCUGGGCGUGCGCACAGAGGGAGACAAAAAAGCCGCCAAGGUUCAGAAGCUGUCCAAGAAUGAAGUGCUCAUGGUGAACAUAGGAUCCUUGUCCACAGGAGGCAGAGUCAGCGCCGUCAAGGCUGACUUAGGGAAAAUCGUUCUCACCAAUCCCGUGUGCACAGAAGUGGGAGAAAAAAUUGCUCUGAGCCGACGCGUGGAGAAACACUGGCGCCUGAUAGGCUGGGGCCAGAUCCGAAGAGGAGUGACCAUCAAGCCGACCACAGACGAUGAAUAA